AUGAGACCGCUUCUUAAUGUCAAUCAAUUAAAUGUAAGUAAUGCUGUCUUUGCUGCAUUGAACGAGCAACCAUGUGUAGAAAAUCAACAUUCCAGAUUGUUUUUUAUGGAUGGACCAGCCGGUAGUGGCAAAACUUUUACAUAUAAUUAUUUGAUUGCUGAAAUGAGCAGUAGGGGUGUUAAAUCUGCUACAGCUGCAUGGACUGGCAUAGCAGCAACUCUUCUUACAAAUGGAUCUACGCUGCACGGGUUAUUUAAACUUCCUGUCCCAAUACUGGAUAACAGCACAUGUAAUGUGACUCCUAACUCUAUUCAGGGACAAUUUUUAAGGCAAGUUAGUUUGUUUAUGCUUGACGAGACAUCCAUGAUUCCCAAACACGCUUUAAAUGCAAUCGAUCGGUUGUUAAAAGAUGUUUGCAACAACAACUUUCCAUUUGGAGGAAAAGUCAUUCUUUUUGGUGGUGAUUUUAGGCAAAUUUUGCCUGUUGUGAAAAGAGGGAGACCAGCUGAAGUUGUAGAAUCAUAUGGAGAAGGAGAUUUUUCCGAAUGGCUGUUAAAACUUGGUAGCGGAACAAUACCUGGCAAGGAGGAAGAUCCUUUUAAGGGAUGUAUUGAAUUACCGCAACAGUGCAUUAUUAGAGAAAACGAAUCAAUUGUUGAAAAAAUAUUUGGAGAUGCUCAACAAGAUGAUUAUGCUAAACGUGUCAUUUUAGCACCCACCAAUGUGGAUUCAUUGUCAAUCAAUGAAGAAGUGCUUGAACGUCUACAUGGAGAGGUCAAAACUUAUUUAAGUGCUGAUCAAAUAGACACUGACGAUCAUAAUGAAAGAAAUAAUUUCCCUGUUGAGUUUUUGAACAGCCUAACUCCUUCAGAUCUUAAAGCUGGGCUAUGUAAUGGAACCCGAAUGAAAGUUUGUGCUCUCCAAAACAAUUAUAUUGAUGCAGAGGUUUUGACAGGUGUUUCUGAAGGUAAACGGGUAUUUGUUCCUCGAAUUCAGUUGGCUCCAUCAGAUUCUAAUUUACCUUUUGUUCUAAAACGUCGUCAGUUUCCUGUCAGAUUAGCUUAUUCGAUGACAAUCAAUAAAAGUCAAGGUCAAACAUUUGAUAGAGUUGGGGUAUGGUAG